AUGGGUUUAAUUCAUGAUAAUAUCUCUGAAUUAGCUGUUGAAAAACUACUACGUUCAUAUCAACAAAGACUUACAGUGUGUCAAAACCUACUUGAUGAAUAUAAUUUUGCUACUUCUAAUCCUGAGAUUUACAAUUCAAAUAAUGAUAACAU